GGGGAGGGCCUGCAGGGGCUCCAGAAUGGCUGAGGAGAAGAAGCUGAAGCUCAGCAAUACCGUGCUGCCCUCGGAGUCGAUGAAGGUGGUGGCUGAGUCGAUGGGUAUCGCUCAGAUUCAGGAGGAGACCUGCCAGCUGCUGACAGAUGAGGUCAGCUACCGCAUCAAGGAGAUUGCCCAGGAUGCCUUAAAGUUCAUGCACAUGGGGAAGCGGCAGAAGCUUACCACCAGUGAUAUUGAUUAUGCGCUGAAGCUCAAGAAUGUUGAGCCACUCUAUGGCUUCCAUGCUCAGGAGUUCAUUCCUUUCCGGUUUGCCUCUGGUGGGGGUCGGGAGCUUUACUUCUAUGAGGAGAAGGAGAUCGACCUGAGCGACAUCAUCAAUACCCCUCUGCCCCGGGUGCCCCUGGAUGUCUGCCUCAAAGCUCACUGGUUGAGCAUUGAAGGCUGCCAGCCAGCUAUACCAGAGAAUCCACCCCCAGCUCCGAAGGAGCAGCAGAAGGCAGAGGCCACAGAACCCCUGAAAUCAGCAAAGCCAGGCCAGGAGGAAGACAGCCCCUUGAAAGGCAAAGGUCAAGGGGCUGCUCCAGCCGACGGCAAAGGGAAAGAGAAGAAGGCACCACCCCUGCUGGAGGGGGCGCCUUUGCGACUGAAGCCGCGAAGUAUCCACGAGUUGUCUGUGGAGCAGCAGCUGUACUAUAAGGAGAUCACUGAGGCCUGCGUGGGGUCAUGCGAGGCCAAGAGAGCGGAGGCUCUGCAGAGCAUUGCCACGGACCCAGGGCUCUAUCAGAUGCUGCCGCGCUUCAGCACCUUCAUCUCGGAGGGGGUUCGUGUGAACGUGGUGCAGAACAACCUGGCCCUGCUCAUCUAUCUGAUGCGCAUGGUGAAGGCCCUGAUGGAUAACCCUACACUGUAUCUAGAAAAAUACGUGCAUGAGUUGAUUCCAGCAGUGAUGACCUGCAUUGUAAGCAGACAGCUGUGCCUGCGGCCAGAUGUGGACAACCACUGGGCACUCCGAGACUUUGCAGCCCGCCUGGUAGCCCAGAUUUGCAAGCAUUUCAGCACCACCACUAACAACAUCCAGUCCCGGAUCACCAAGACCUUCACCAAGAGCUGGGUGGAUGAGAAGACUCCAUGGACAACACGUUACGGCUCCAUUGCAGGCCUGGCAGAGCUGGGACAUGAUGUAAUUAAGACUCUGAUUCUGCCACGGCUGCAGCAGGAGGGGGAAAGGAUCCGCGGUGUCCUGGACGGCCCUGUACUGAGCAACAUUGACCGCAUUGGAGCUGACCACGUGCAGAGCCUCCUCUUGAAACACUGUGCCCCUGUUCUGGCAAAGCUGCGUCCACCACCUGACAAUCAGGAUGCUUACCGGGCUGAAUUUGGGUCCCUUGGGCCCCUCCUCUGCUCCCAUGUGGUCAAGGCCCGGGCCCAGGCUGCUCUGCAGGCUCAGCAGGUCAACAGGACCACUCUGACCAUCACACAGCCCCGGCCCACACUGACCCUCUCACAGGCCCCCCAGCCUGGCCCUAGGACCCCUGGCUUGCUAAAGGUCCCUGGCUCCAUUGCGCUGCCCGUCCAGACACUGGUGUCUGCGCGUGCUGCUGCCCCGCCUCAGCCUUCCCCUCCUCCAACCAAGUUUAUCGUAAUGUCAUCGUCCUCUAGUGCCUCAUCCACCCAACAGGUCCUGUCCCUCAGCACCUCAGCCCCUGGCUCAGGCUCCACCACUACCUCUCCCGUCACCACCACAGUCCCCAGCGUGCAGCCCAUUGUCAAGCUGGUCUCCACUGCCACAACCACAGCUCCCAGCACUGCUCCCUCUGGCCCCGGCAGCGUCCAGAAGUACAUCGUUGUCUCUCUUCCCACAGCAGGGGAGGGCAAAGGAGGCCCCACAUCCCAUCCUUCUCCAGCCCCGCCCCCAGCCUCCGCCCCCUCCCCGCUUGGGAGCAGUGCCCUCUGUGGGGGGAAGCAAGAAGCCGGGGAUAGCCCCCCUCCAGCUCCAGGGACUCCAAAAGCUAAUGGCUCCCAGCCUCCUGGGUCUGGCUCCCCUCAGCCUGCGCCUUGAUGCUGUUGCACAUCUGCCAAACGUACCCCCCAGGAAUCACACUCGCUGGAGGAAGUAACAAUCUGCUUCCCCCGUGUUAACUUUUUUAGAUAUUGUACAGCCAGUUCCUCAGAAUAAAAGUUUGGUUUGUAAGUUC